CAAAGCGCAAAAAAUGGAUCUCGAAAGCCAUGAAAUUGAAAGCCAAAAGAUCGAAAUCAAAAUGAAUUUCUGAGAAUGCAAAGCAGAAAUCCAAAUUUAGAUUUUGUGAAGGAUCAUUCAACAAAAAUGCAAAAUGGACGGAAAUCUAAAGAUCUCGAAAUCGAAAGAUCCUCCGUAUACUAGACGUAUAGUGUACAGCAGAGAAGGAAUUUUAUAGGAAAAUCAGCUCGAUUAUAGGGCUCAUUAUUUUCCCUCUGUGAAUUCUGAGUUCUCGUUACGAGCUAGAGAAAUCUUUGACAUCGCGCCAUACUGAGGCCUAAUUACCCUUGGUCGCAGUAGACUCGUUCUAUUGUGUUAGCCCCGCGGUGACAUUUUUCUUCAGCUCCGGAUUUUUCCUGAGAAUUCGAUUCCCAGUGUAUUUUUCCUUGUGUAGGUGCAAAGAUCACCAUUCUCGAUGUAGUCUAAAUCAGCUCGAUUAUAGGGCUCACUGUUCCUUUUUCUGUAGGCAUUGAGUUCUCGUUACGAGCAAGAGUAAUCUUUUGACGUCGCGCCAUACUGAGGACUAAUUACCCUUGGUCGCAAUAGAGUUUCACACAUCUAUUGUGUUAGCCCCGCGAUGACACGCUCAAAGCUCACAGACCUGCGAGGACGGAAUUAUUAAAAUCUAAAUUUUUCGUCACUGAAGAUUCACCAGAUCCUCAUAUCCAACUUGCAAAUUUUAGAAGUUCAAGAUCAAAGUUCAACUUUUCAAGGCCCAGAUUGCUUCAUUAAUCACUUACGGAUUCUUUUCUGUUCUUACUAGAGCUAGAAUGACAAGACAUCUCCGUUCUCUCAUCAUUCAUCCUCCUUCUUCCAACCCAACCGUCCAACAGGGAUUGAAUAUAUAAAAAAACGGGCCACACAUCGUGAGGUCGAAAACUGCAAAAAGUAAGAAAAACCUAAAAAAAAAAAGCCAUCUCAAACAAGAAAUCACUACUAAACUAACCACUAGUUGUCUAAACAACACUAAAGAUCACGUCAAGUUCUUUUCAACACCACCAAACACAUCUCAAGAAGAUCAUCAACAACAACAAAAGUUCUUUUUCAACCACUACCAAAACCACCAAUCAAAAUGAUGAACUCUGUUCCGGGAACCGCCGCCGUCGGCGCCGUCACUCAGCCGACUGGUGCUCCUCAGUUCGCUUCGCUCUACGUGGGCGACUUGGAUCCAGAGGUCACGGAGGCCAUGCUCUAUGAGAUUUUUAACACGGUUGGACCGGUCGCUUCCAUCCGUGUCUGCCGUGACUCGGUCACUCGUCGCAGCUUGGGAUAUGCCUACGUAUAAUUUUGAAUCUAGAUUUUUGGAUUUUGUUGAGAAUGUAGAUUGUUGAUUUAGAUUUUUUGUUGAUUUAGAUUUUUUGUUGAUUUAGAUUGUUGAUUUAGAAAUUGGAUGAUGGGGAUAGAAUUUAGAGUUUGGGAAGCCAAUAGGUUUUCUGAGAUUAAGUUGAAACUUCGAUCUGUGAGUAUUCACAAUUCUACUGCAGAUUUGGACCACAGCUCGAAUACAUUUAGAAAAGUCACAUUACAACUGAGAUAUACACUCCCGAUACGAACAUUUAGAUUUUUUCAGCGAUACGACAAACAUCAAUCUCUAGCACCUUAGGCGUAAUCGCUAAUCCAAAAACCUCAGGUCAACUUCCACUCCGCUAACGAUGCUGAGCGUGUUAUGGACACCCUGAACUAUUCCACGAUCAAGGGACGCUGCUGCCGUACUUUAGACUUUGGAAUUUAGAAUUCUUGUGGGUACUAGGGAUGGAGACCGGUGUGAAAUUCUUGCAAAGAAACAAUCUGUUCAGAGAUUCUGCUGUGCAUGAGAAAGAGUUUUGUUUAGGUGUCGACCACAGAUUCGAACUCUCUUCAAUUCUGAAUUUCCGCUCUCUCCAACUCUGAGCACCACAAAUCUCUCUUCACAGGUAUCAUGUGGUCCCACCGUGACCCCAACUUGCGUAAGACCGGAAACGGAAACGUCUUCGUGAAAAACCUCGAUAAGGCCGUCGAUAACAAGGCUCUGUAUGAUACCUUUUCUCUUUUCGGAAAUAUCUUGUCGUGCAAGGUCGCCACCGAUGCGGAAGGCAAGUCCCGUGGAUACGGUUUUGUCCACUACGAAACUGCGGAGGCAGCUAAGCAGGCUAUUGAGAAGGUAUUGAGAGUAGAUUUUAAUUUGGAGAUCUGCCUUGAUGAUUUGAAAAAGAAGAUUCUUCAAACAUGAUCAUAGCUGUAAUUUAAUAUUUUGUUUGAGAAAGUCACUGCCACACACCUGAUCAUCAGGUCAACAACAUGCAAAUCGGCGAGAAGACCGUCUAUGUUGGCGAAUUCAUCCCCCGCGAUGGACGCACCCCUGCUGAGAUCACCAACUUCACCAACAUUUACGUGAAGAACUACCCGGAUGAGUGGGAUGAGGCUCGGCUGCUCCAGGAGUUCGAGAAGUACGGCAAGGUCACUUCCUCCAUGUGCCAGAAGGACAAGAAGAACCGCAACUUUGCGUUCAUCAACUUCGAGGAGGCCGAUGACGCUCAUAAGGCUAUUGAGGAUAUGCAUCGCAAGGACCUGCGUUCAGAGGAGGAGAAGAGCAAGCACCCGGAAGGCAAGCCGGAUGAGUCCGAUGCCGAGCGCCCGAAAAUCGACCCGGAUGACCACCCGGAACACCUCGUGUACUUCUUCUUCUUUUUCUUCUUCUUCUUCUUAAAUGUAUUUGUACUUCAGAGACUGACUGUGACUGACGAUCUAGAAGAUCCUUCCGCACAAGCUUGCUCAACAUACUUUCUUGUCCUUUCAAAAAAUCCUCCACAAAAUAACCACACACAGCUUCUGCUCUCGUGCUAUGACCAAGGCCGAGCGUGAACAGAUGCUCAAGAGCAAGUUCAAGUCUUCCUGGACUGCGCCAGUCGGCGUCAACCUGUACAUCAAGAACUUGCCGGAGGAUGCCAACGACGCGGAAUUGCGAUCCAUGUUCCAACCGUUCGGUGAAAUCACCUCGGCUCGCGUCAUGUGCGACAACAAGAGCCGUUCUAAGGGCUUCGGUUUCGUCUGCUACAAGACCCCGGAUGAGGCGACCAAGGCGGUUACCGAGAUGCACUUGAAGGUAUGGCUCUAAAGUUUUGAUGUCUGUUUAGGAAGAGAUCAAGGUUUAGAUUGAUGCUCAAUCAUGAUGAUGAUGCUCAAUCAUGAUGUUGGCUUUGCUUUGAGUUAUCACGAAUGUAGGAAUUUAGAUUUGGUUUUGCACCAGGAACUUGAGACCGUCCAUAUACCACCCUUUAACAGAAAAUAGAUUUAGACUUGUGUUCAUUUACAUUCCAUGCUCAAAUCCUCUUUCCUAAACCCUAAACCCUAAAACACAGACCGUCCGCGGUAAGCCCCUCUACGUCGGCCUCGCCGAAAAGAAGGAAGAGCGCGUCACCCGCUUGGCUCAGCGUUACAAGGGAGAGAAGGGUAAGGGUGGCCUCGUCACCUUCGAUGCCACUGCUGGUAAAGGAGCUGCUGGUAUGGGUCUUCCGGGAGGUAUUCCGGGAGGUGUCGCCGGUAAGGGCGCCAUGCCGCAGGGCAUUCCGAACUACAACUACCCAGGUGCUGUGCCAGGACCGCAACAGAUGCAGAAUGGUACUGGCUUAAAUGCAAUUUUUGGCUCAAUUAUAGGAGUAGCGGAAGGUCUGUCUGAAGUUGUUGCAAGUCAUGAGUGUCAUGACUCCAUAUUGAAUUUGCCAUCCUUUUGCAAAAAUCCUUUCACAAGAAUCCUGCAGAAUCCGUCUCCAACGUCUCCAACGUCCCCUCCACCCCAAAUCAGGUGUCGCCAUGCCAGGAAAGGGAGGACAGAUGGUCCCGAUGCAGCUCCCAGGUCAGAUGUUGGGUCAGCAGAACGGUCGUCCGAUCAUGGCUAACUUCCCGGGUCAGAGACCUCCGAUGAUGGGAUACCCAGCUCCGCAGAUGAUGCAAAACCCGGCUAUGAUGGGCAAGGUAGCUUGAGAGCUUUUUAUCGCUUGACCACGUAGCUGUGUCAUUCUAGUUCUCCGUAGAAAAUGAAAAUCUACUAGCACCAAUCCUCCUCUUCCAGCAAAAAUCCUCCAUCACAAAACAAUCAUAGGGCCAAAUGAUGCCAGCUGCUAUGCAGAUGGGUAAGGGCUUCGGACAGAUGGGAGGAAAGGUUGGUGGACAGCCGCUCCCAAUGGCUAUGCAUGGUGGAAAACAACCUCUGCCGCAACGUGUUGAUCAACCAUUGACCGCAGCUAUGUUGGCUCAGGCGCCGCCAGGCAUGCAGAAGCAGAUGCUCGGUGAAAAGUUGUACCCAGCUGUGAGCCGAUUGCAGCCGGAAUUGGCUGGUACUUACGACAGAUUUUUUUAUGCAUAUAACAAAUGAAGUUGUGAUUUGAUUUUGAUGUUAGUUUGAUUUUUAAUUCAUGUUGUAGUUUUGGAGGAGACUCAAAUCGAUCUUUUCCAAUCUAUGGUUCCUCAACACAUUCUCCACUCAUCUCAAGCACCGUGACAGAGAUUCUCCACCCCAUCUCUCUCCCACAACCACAACCUUAGGCAAGAUCACCGGUAUGAUGUUGGAGAUGGAUAACAGUGAGCUUUUGAUGAUGCUCGAUUCCGAGACGCAGUUGCGCCAGAAGGUUGAGGAAGCUAUGCGCGUCCUUCAACAGAUGCCGAAGUAA